AUGUCGUCCGAAAGAGAAAACUUUAAGCAAGAGGUUGCUGCUGUUGAGCGCUGGUGGAAGCAGUCCCGCUUCAGCCGAGUGAAGAGACCCUACACGGCCGAGCAGGUCGUAUCGAAGAGGGGAACACUACCGAUUCAAUACCCUUCAGACGCUCAAGGAAAGAAACUUUGGGCCCUUCUUGAGCAGCAUUGGAAGAAGGGAACACCUUCACAUACCUAUGGAGCCUUGGACCCCGUGCAA